AUGUAUAUGGACAAAAAAUCCAUCGGUCUAUCCUUCACUACGUAUGGAAUAACAAGUAUUUACCCUCUAUCUGGAAGAAUCAGAGAAGCUUUACCUGAAUUAUUUGAUGUAGUCUUGGAUGAAAGGGAUGAACAAAAUCUGGCUGAAAUGGAAGAACAAAAAGCUGGUGAAGAAGCAAACAUAGUCAUUAUUUCUUUAGUUCGUAGUUUCUCCCUUGGAUUCUUAAAAAGCACGAAUCGAAUUAAUGUAUUAUUGUCACGUGCACGGGAAGGCAUGUAUCUUAUUGUUAAUACUGAAUUAAUGGAAACAAGAUCCAACGAUAUGUGGGCUUCAAUAAUUAAUAUACUACGAAAGCGAAAUCUUCCACAAAUUGGUUUUGGUAUGCCAAUUGAAUGUAAUAAGCAUCCUGAAUGCAAGAAUGUAAUUGUCGAACCCGAACAAUUUGAAUUGAUCAAUGAUCCUCAACAUCUUGGAACCAAAUGUCUUAAACCCUGCCCGAGAUCACAUCCAGUAUGUUAUCAUCCAUGUCCAAAGAUUUGUUAUGAAGAUUGCGGACAAUGUAAUUUUCCCAUUGGUGAUAUUAUUUUACCUGGUUGUGGUCACGUGAUUAAGAAUGCAACAUGUUGGCAAAAUCAAAAGAUGUUCUCAGAUUUGAAAUGUGGACAUGAUUGUUCUGGAGUUUGUGACGAAAUAUGCCCAUCAAAAGAUUUUUGCAUUAUUUGUGCCCCAGAACAUGUUAAAAGACAAGAAUCGGAUGCAAUUAAGAAGAUUUUAUUUAGUAAGGUGAAUUGGAAGAAGAAAAGAAUGAUUGUUCUUUCUUGUGGACAUGUAUUUACUAAGGAAACUAUGGAUAUGCACAUGGGUAUGGAAGUUUAUCAUGAAAGCGAAGGCAUAUUCGAGAGAAAAUGGACAUCAAUUAAAAUCCUUCCGGCAUUAACAACAAAUGAUAAUAUGAAAGAUAAGAAGAAAUUAUUAUAUGGUUUAAGUCAUUUACCUGCUGAUGAUUCAAGAUUAAACGAAAUUACGUAUGAAGAGCCUAGCAAUAUACUGUAUACGAGAUUAUAUCUUAUAAAUAUUAUGAAAAGGUUGGAAAAUAUCAUGGAUUUGAUAAAUUCA